AUGGUUCACAUAGCUACAGUUUUGAUUAUUCUGGUCACAGCUUUCUCAAUAACUGAUAAUCUUCUUGGAAAUAUCUGGCUAGAAGCUAUAUUUAAUUCUACAAUUGUGAUUGAUAAAUAUCAUAAUAUGGUUUUUCCUGAAGCGAUCUUCAAAAGUUAUGGUGUCAAUCAUGAUGAACCGAAAACUCUGAAAUUGGACGUUUCUAACUAUUUCGAAGACUUUUCCAAUAAAAUUAUAAAAUUGGACAAUUUGUUUAGGCAGAUUCAUCGAGAGUCCAUUACUUUGUUUGAGGACGAGACAUCAGUGAAAAUUCUUCCAUACUGUAUCUCUGCGGUGGCUUAUACAAAUGAUGAAAUAUGUUUUGGAGAUACCGUGAUUCGUAAUUUGGAGAAUUUGAAACUAGUUAACAUUGAAGUAGGCAGAAGUUCGAUUCAUGAAAAAAAAAUAAAUCGUUACUUAUAUGCUACCCAUGAGUUCGAUGAAUUAGUGAUUAGCGGAACUACUGAUUUUGUAGAAUAUAAUAGCCGAGAUAAAUACAACAUUAGCCUUCGUGACAGUCACUUGAUAAUUUAUCGUGAUUAUGAAAAUCUAGGAUUUUUUAGCUUAGAAAUUCCCUCCCUAAAGAGUUAUUCUGGGUCUAAUCAUGAUAAAUAUGUAGAACAUGCAGUUGAUAUGCACUUGAAACGUUCACAUGACAUGAAUUUUUAUCUACCAGUCGAUGGAUUUUACGGAUUAUUGAAUCAACUCGAGAAUGAAAUAAACACUCCAUCGGUUUUUUUUCCAGAGAAUGUAACUUUUGAUUGUAGUGAUUUUCCAGAAAGAGAUGUAACUAAAGCUCGUGAAUUGUCCAUAAGCACCAUCAACAUGCGUUUAAAUGAACAACUCAACUAUGAUGUAAUUAACAACGUGAAGUUUGUUGAAAUGGGUGACUCUUAUAAUAUGCGAUUUUCUAUCACUUUUAAUAAAUUAGCUUUUACUUCUAAAAUGUCCGUAAUAUUAGAUAAACUCUUAGUUUUGGAUGAAGACGUGCUAGUCGAAAUGAAGAACUUAUAUAUAGAGGUUGUUUACUUCUCAGCUUAUUUUCCAUUGUACAAAGUACAUGUUCACAUUAAAAAUGGACUGAGUUUAUCUGCAGAGAAAACAAUUGAUCCUUAUUUCUAUACUCCACAUUUUAAAACAAAAUUAUCCAGUUGCAUCAAGGCAACAACUUUAUACAACUUACAGUCAACUCUUCGCCUUGUAAAAGUAAAAGACUCAGGGUUAAACAAUAUUCCGAAAGUAAAUUUUAAUUUAUUUUAA